AUGAGUCUCGAACAGAGGUUGGCAAGAGUCAUAUCCCGAGGCCCGCCACAAACUGAGCAGGCCCCAGCAUCGGCGCGCCAUGACUACGUCAAAGCCCACGACCGCACGCUUGACACCUGGCGAAUAGAGGAGCCCAGACAGACCGAGACAACGAGCAGUAAGAUCAUCAGGGUCGUCCAUACUCUCCUGGAUGGAGACCAGUUUGGGGCCCGCGUGGGUUUGUUCCAGAUCAUCAGAACCUAUCCAGAUCUCACAAGGGCCUCUCGCACCUGGCGAUCCUUUCACCUCGUCUCUGGUUCCAUCAAGUACAGAGAUGCGGGCGGUUAG